AAAAAACAAAUGACAUAUUGAAAUUUGUGUCAUACUUAAAUAUAAGUAUGGCGUAGGGCGGUGGCAUGUAUCGUACCAAUUCGAUCGAUAACUGUUUCGAUGAGUAUUCAAGUCGAUCACUUAGCACCGCCUAAUUCUUGUGCUAAUGAACUUUGUGCAUUUUUUCUAUUAUGCAUUACCUUUUAAAGAUAUACUUUUAUUAUAUCCAGGAAAGGUUGACUAGAAAGAAUAAAGAGGUUAUAUAUUUCGUUUUGACAGGCGCAAGUACUGUGGUGGGACAGUAACGAAUACGAAGGCGAUUAAAAAGUCGAGCAGUAGAGAACGAUAGUUGUUGUUGGACGGACGAGUUCAAGCAGAUUAGUUUUGUUAAAUGUUCCUCUUGUUAUCUAUUAUUUACUUAAUGCAAUAAAAAAAUUACUUAAAAAUUGAAGAUAAAAGAUAAAGUAAAAAAUAUCUAAGAUGGAUGAUAAAAAGACAGAACACAUUGUCAUGACUCCGAAAUCUAAAACUGCAAAUUCUACAACUAUUAUAAUAGAAAGGCAGACUUUAGAACCACCAACAGAAAAUGGAAAUGAGAAUAAUGUUCAUGUUGCUGGAGGAGAUCAUAAAGGAAUAGUUAUUAAUAAACAAGCAAUUACUGUAACAAAUGGAGAAGUUCAUCCAGCACAUCUUUGCUUACAAUUCAGAGUAUUCUUAGUGAGUGCUCAAAGUGGAAAACAUACACAAGAAUCCAGAACUCUUCAGUUUUGGUUUGUAGAUACACUUUCAGAGAUAGAACAUCCCAGUGUGGCACAAGAAUUCUUUAGGGAAUUAGUUAGCCCCAAGGAAUUUCCAAGAGAUUAUGUUGGAUUUAUAAAGAAAAUAAUGAAGUUAAUGUUGCAUAAGUAUUCUACUAUUAAAAAGAUAGAAGUAGAAUUGAAACAACUUGAAGAACCAAUUAAUCUUCCAACUAGACCAUCUGAUACUGGUCAUAUACUGUUCACACUUCCAUAUAAGAAAAUUAAUUGGAAAUCAGUAUCAACAGAUGAAACAGUUAUUGGUCAAGUGGUUGAACUGACAUUAGAAAAAGUACUUGAACUUAUUGAAUCUGCUUAUCCAAAUCCAAUAACAGUAAUUGACAUAGCAAAAGAACAUGGUUGGGAUCCUUCUGCUGUUGAAAUAAAAUUAAAAGAAUUGCAAGAGAAAGGUGUAGUUAAAGCAAUGGAACAUGGAGCUUUUACCAGAGUUGUACAUCAAGACACACAAGUUCAAGUUGUAAAACAAAUGCCAACAAUGGCAAAUGCAAAACAACCUACUAUAGCAAUUAUUACUGCACAAUAUUGUGAAAAGUUGGCAGUUGAUUCAAUGAUUGAAAACAAAGAAACAUUUGUCCGUUAUACUACUGUUGGUACAGCAAGCUCACCUGAUGCAACAGAUGGAGUACCGCGAGUGACAUGUCGUUUUGGUGAAUCAAAUGUUUACACAUUAGGCAAUAUUGGUGCACAUAGAAUUGUAUGCACAAAACUACCAACUGUAGGUCAUACAAGAGAAGCAAUGACUGCAGCAGGAAAUACAACUACCAGAUUAUUAGGUACGUUUCAAAAGGUUGAUUUUGUUUUCUUAAUUGGAAUUGGAGGAGGUGUACCACAUUAUACAGAUUAUAAUAAACAUGUACGGCUUGGUGAUGUGGUUAUAUCUUAUCCUACUCCUCUAAAUAAUAAAUAUAUCUAUGUUUAUUGUGAAAGUGCAAAGACAAAUGAAAAUGGUGAUUAUCAUUUUGAAACCAAAGAAUAUUGUCCAUCAAAUUUAUGCCUUCAAGAAAUUGCUGCUAAUCUUAAACACCAGUCAGAAAAUGAGUCAAAUCCUCCUUGGCAAACAUAUCUGAAAGAAGGUUUAGAUAUUUUGACUAAUCAAACAGAGCAUGAUUUUAAAUCACCUCCACCAGAAUCUGAUAAAUUGUAUAUGGCUAUUGGUGAAAGAGAUGUUAUUGAAGUUGCACAUCCUACUGCACCUUCAGAUGCGAUAUAUAAAAGAAUAAAUGGUUGUCCACGAAUUCAUUUAGCACCUGUAGCAUCUGGUAGAUACAUUGCACGUGAUGAUCAACUGAGACAAAAAUUUGCAGCUCGUUUUGGAUCUCUUGCAUUUGAUACAGAAAUGGAUGCUGUGGUUGAAAGUAUUUUGGGUAAUUGUCGUGAAAGUUUUGCCGUUAUUCGAGGUAUUUCUGAUUAUAAAGAUGGUUCCCGCAUAAAAGAAUGGCAACCUUACGCGUCUUUAGCUGCUGCUAGUGUAAUGAAAUCUAUCAUUUGUGCUAUGGAUCCACCUACUAAUGUGUAAUAUUAUUUCUAAUGUUCGUUUUAUUUCAUUUGACAUAGUAUUUUAGCAAUAUUUAGUAAAAAUAUUUCACCUUAUUUUUUAAAUAUAAGAUGGACCAACUAUAUUCAUUGAUUAGAACAAUCGUAGUUUCAAUUGGCGUACUCAAUAUAAUGUGUAUACGCACAAGUUGCAUAAUUCAUGAUUAUUUAACAAAUAAUAACUUUUUUUGUUUUUAUAUUUCGAAUUGCAUUUAAUGUGAUACAGAUCAUAUAUUUUACAAUCAAAAAAAAAAAUAACAUCGUGAUCAAAACAUAUAUAUGAUCGUAAUCAAAUACGUAGAAAUCAGAAAGUAAAAUGCACCAAUGCAUUUAUUAAUAAUUAAUUAAGGGAAUAGUUAGUAUGAUACAAAUGACUUUUUUUAGUAAUAGGUAUCAAAAAUAAUUCCAAAUAAUUUCUCCGAAUUGCUCA